AUGAACCUGACAGAGUUUAAUCAGUCUGAUCGCUGUAAGUCUUUCUCUUGUCCAGGGAGAUCUGUGUCUCCUGCAGUUUAUAUCUUACUGUAUGUGUGUUCAGCUGCUCUGAUUCUGCUAACAGUGUGUGGAAAUCUGCUCGUCAUCAUCUCUGUUCUUCACUUCAAGCAGCUUCACACACCAACUAACAUGUUUGUGCUCUCUCUGGCUGUGUCAGAUUUCCUUAUUGGUUCUUUGUUGAUGUCGCCAUUGUUUAUCUGGAAAAUUGAGUCAUGCUGGAUAUUUAAUACAGGCAGCUGCAUGUUUCUGAUGAUCACUUCUUUUUUUCUAGGAAACCAGUCCAUCUAUAAUAUUGCUUUAAUCGCUGCAGAUCGAUAUUUGGCUCUGUCAAACCCUUUUCUCCACACAAGCACAGUCACGGUAAAAAUAAUGUGCAUUGUGGUUUCUACUAACUGGUGUGUAUGUCUUGUAUAUAACAUAGUAUUCGCUUAUUUUAGUGGGAGCUACACAGGUGCUGUAAUGUGUCCCGGGGAGUGUGUCUCAGUUCCAAAUGAGGUUUGGACUGUAAUUGUUCUUAUAUAUUCAUUUAUAUUUCCCCUUUUUGUAAUAAUUACAUUGUAUACUCUAGUUUUUGUGAUUGCUAAGAAACAUGCCACUGCUAUCAGAGAGCUUAAUAAUCACACACGACCUAAAACACAGAAAAUCACCUCACACUCUAUGAAAUCUGAGAGAAAAGCAGCUAAAGUCCUCGGCAUUUUAGUGUCUGUGUUUUUGAUUUGUUUACUUCCAUAUUUCAUUUACAGUUUAAUAGGCAAUGUUACUGACCAACAGCGAGAAAUUUUUCACAAAGUCCUUGUAAUAAUGUAUCUUAAUUCCACAAUUAAUCCAUUUAUUUAUGCUCUGUUUUACCCGUGGUUUAGGAGAUGCAUAAAAAUAAUUAUUACUCUGCAAAUAUUUCAGACAAACUCUGAAUUAAUCAAUGUCCUUUCAUGA